AACCUAAUUGGCUUUGACCCUCGGUGAGUGCCUCACACGUUCGCCUGUCUGUUUUGCAUCAAACUCACUGGAAGCAGCGCUACGGGCAAGACGCUGCGUUUCGAUUGCUUGGAAGGCCUGUCAGACUUGGAGCGUGUCAAAGACCAACCUCCUCCAAUGGUCUUAGGCAAUUCGUCAGAUGUUGCGUUGGGUCACAAUUUUGCCAGCGCACAGUCCGAGUCCAACGACUGCCUUCAGAGGGCCGGUGACACUGUGCAGCUAGUCGGUACCGCAUUCGUUGCUCGUGAUAUGGCUCGUAUUGUCGACGCUCUAGAGGAAGAUGGAAUGCUUCGGUAUUGGGGAUUGUCCUAUGGGACUGUCUUGGGGGCGACGUUCUCAGCGAUGUUUCCUGAAAAGGUCGACAAGGUUCUCCUGGAUGGAAAUGCCAACGUCCAACAAUACUACGCCGGGUGGGAGACUCAAAUGUAUGUCGAUCUAGACGGCACCGUUCAGGGUUUCUUCGAUGGAUGCGUCGCGUCACCCGAUAUUUGCCCCUUGGCAGGCGACGGUGAGACAGCAGAAGAUGUGUACAACACUGUUGAAGCAUUGUUUACGCAGCUCAAAUACAACCCGAUUGCUGUGACGAUCCUCAACGAGACUACCAUUGUCACUUACAACGACGUCAAAUUUUUCAUGUUCGGGAAUUUGUAUGAGCCUGCAUCGUGGCCUACAAUAGCAACGUUGCUCAGCUAUUUAGUCGACGACAACCCUGGUCUCUAUGUGGAGACCAUGAUUCAGCUGACCGGAAACGCAACAGCCGGCAAUUUCACAGAUGGCUUCGCGGCAAUAAAAUGUGGCGACUCCGCUUACAGAGCAGAUUCUUUGGCCGAUUUCAUUCCUUUUGAGGAAGAAAUCGUGCCAACCAGCACGUGGGGAGGACUCGACUUCGGUCUCAACAACAUGAUAAUAUGUUCCUCAUGGCUGAUGAAUGCUAAGGAGGUUUACUCGGGAGACUGGAACGUUGAGACGAAGAACCCGCUGAUGCUCAUCGGCAACACUUGGGAUCCCGUGACACCACUCGUCGCGGCGCAGGCCAAUAGUGCGCUAUUCCCGGGUAGUGUUGUGCUUCAGCACAAUGGCUAUGGUCAUUGCUCCUUGGCGCAACCGUCCUUAUGCACGGCGGAAGCCAUCCAGGCUUAUUUCGUCAAUGGCACUCUUCCCGCUUCUGGGACAGUCUGCCAACCGGAUGUGCCACUGUUCUCCAAUGCCACAUGGGAGGAUGCAUUGGAUUCUAUCAGUCUGGACGGAACUGUGCCGGUGAAGGCAAAGCGCGACGUACCGUAUGGUCCAAGCAGCGAGGACUUGCUGGAGGCGCUGAUAGAACUUUCUCGCGAUGUACCUGGCAAGCCGGUGACCCUCAGGAGUGGCAGGAUUUGACCGCUGUUGGGCUUCAUUCUCAAAAUAGGUGCUUUUUCUUUCGUUUUAUCCUGGAGGCCUUCGCACACAAUGAGGCAGCUACACUCUUCCACAAGGGCAAGGCCAUCAGCUCCAGGAUACAUUUUUAUUACCUUGGAGUCAAGGUCCCCACGGUAGUGAACCUAACAGGACCUUGAACUUAUAUCAUGGAUCUACUUUCUGUCAGACUUUAUGUCACUUGUUCUGGACACAAGCUCGCUGGUCAUCGUCCAUUGUAGUGAUUCGCCGCGAAGAUUGCAUUCACUCGUUUUAGUUGUGACAAUCUAAAUGUCAUAUAAGUGUAGGCAAACGAGCGGAAAAGGACUGGAGACGUA